GUGUUGUCUCCCUCCCUCCCAUUCCAACAAUAAAGCAUCAAUCCUGGUUUAACAUCUUUCCUGCAAAACAAAAAUGUCAACCUAUUUAGAGUCAAGCAAGCUGUCCAUAUGGCUGUUGAUUAUCUUGGUGCUUCUGGAGUGCUCAAACGGUGCUGUCAAUCCUUGUUGCUACUACCCUUGUCACAACUCAGGAGUUUGUGUACGAUUUGGCACGGAGAGCUAUGAGUGCGACUGCACCCGGACGGGCUUCUACGGGGAAAACUGUACCCAUCCGGAGUUCCGGACCUGGUUGGGGUUGAUGCUCAAACCUAGCCCAGAGUUGACCCACUACCUCCUGACACAUUUCCAGUGGCUCUGGGACUUGGUGAACAACUCGUUCCUUCGGGACACCUUCAUGAGAUUCAUGCUGACUGUGCGCAGUGAGCUGAUUCCCAGCCCCCCGACUUACAACACCAAGUAUGGCUACCUCAGCUGGGAGUCCUAUCAAAACACUUCCUAUUACACCCGCAUCCUGCCUCCGAUCCCAGACGACUGUCCUCUACCCAUGGGAACCAAGGGCAAGCCCGAUCUGCCCGAUCCAAAAGCGUUGGCUGAGCGUUUUUUCAGACGGCAGAUAUUUCGGGCGGAUCCGGCGGGAACCAACUUGAUGUUUGCUUUCAUGGCUCAGCAUUUCACCCACCAGUUCUUCCGCACGGACCGGAAUGUACGGGGAGGCUUCACCAAAGGUCUGGGGCAUGGGGUGGAUGCAAGCAACAUCUACGGCAACACGCUCGCGCGGCAGUUGCAACUCCGUCUUCAUAAAGACGGAAAGCUGAAAUAUCAGCUAGUGAACGGUGAGAUGUACCCUCCAAGCGUGUCCGAGGCCCCCGUUCACAUGGUGUACCCGACUGGCUUCCCCCCCGAGCAGAGACUGGCCGUCGGUCACGAGCUGUUUGGAAUGCUGCCGGGCCUGACCUUGUACGCCACCUUGUGGUUGAGGGAGCACAACCGAGUGUGUGAUGUCCUCAAGUCAGAGCAUCCCAGCUGGGAUGACGAGCAGCUCUUCCAGACCGCCAGGCUCAUUGUCAUCGGUGAGAUCAUCAAGAUUAUCACAGAAGAGUACGUGCAACACCUGAGCGGCUACCUGUUCAAAUUCAAGUUCGAUCCCUCGUUGCUCUUCGGCCAGCGCUUCCAAUACAGCAACCGUAUCGCCCUGGAGUUCUGCCACCUGUACCACUGGCACCCGCUGAUGCCGGACAGCUUCCAUGUGGACGGCGAUGACAUUCCGCACUCGCGUUUCUCCUUCAACACCUCGCUGCUUUUGCAUUACGGCGUGGAGAAGCUUGUGGAGGCCUUUUCGCGGCAACCGGCGGGACAGGUAUGCGGAGGUCGAAACUCUCACGAAGCGGUGCUCGGAGUGUCCGAAAUGGUUAUCCGAGAAUCCAGAGAGACGCGUAUGCAGCCCUUCAAUGAAUACAGGAAGAAGUUCAAUUUGAGGCCUUACACCUCAUUCAGAGAAUUUACAGAUGAUGAGGACAUGGCGGUGGCUUUGUUGGAGUACUACGGCCACAUCGACGCACUGGAAUUCUACCCGGGUAUUCUCCUGGAGAAGCCGCGUCCUGGCUCCAUUUUUGGGGAGAGCAUGGUCGAGAUGGGCGCCCCUUUCUCCUUGAAGGGCUUGCUGGGCAACCCCUUGUGCUCACCCGAGUAUUGGAAGCCGAGCACCUUCGGAGGGAAGGUCGGCUUCGAGUUAGUCAAAGCGUCCACGCUGGAGAAAUUGGUGUGUCUCAACACCAAGUGGUGUCCCUACGUUAGCUUCCGAGUUCCCCUCCAUCAGGAGGAGACCAAGAUCAAGAAAGAUAAGGAGCUUUAACUCAUCUAAGUAGGAGAUCAAAUUUAGUAAAAUUCAGUAAAAUUCAGUUAGUUGCUCUUCCCUACAAUUUUUUUUUUAUUGACAAAAUUAUAUUGACAAAAAAAAAACAUUUUCCACUCUAGCAACUACUAGCAAUUUUCUAUGAAGCAUGUCAAUCUUAAAUAGAGCAACACAUUUUUUUUGAAGAACUCAAGUCUGAUGUUUAAUCUUUAUUUUUUGUUUUGUCCAAAUACAAUAUGUCCUGGAAUAAAUUCAAAGCAGAGCAA